UUCUGCUGUCAGAAUUUUCUAUUGGUGGAGUCAAGUGAUGUUUAAAGGUUAAUAAAAUAAAACGCUUUUCCUAUCGGGGUAUUUUAUUAAUCUUUAAAAGAAAACGACAUUCGAAAAGAGGACACCAACAAAAUAACAAUGCACUCAUUGAGUACUUCGCUAUGUUAAUUCUAUGGACGAGGACGUAAAAAGAUGCGGCCUACUGAUAAACGGCUCGAUUGAUCUAAAUCAAGUGUUGACGGUCAGCUGCAAUGAAAAGAAAAAAGUUGCCAGAAAACGAUGGGCCAUUCUGGCUAAAGCUCUAAAGAGUCCUUCCGGAAGUGAACCUUCAAGUCCAACAGACGAAUGUUCAGUUCGCCGCAUCUCGUCCUUCAUGCUUUUAACAACAUCCAGAGAGAACAGCGUUUUGCAAUUACAUCAAGAUAAGUCCUAUUACGAUUUAAUAAAGAAACGUACUUGGUAUAAAUACUCAAUGUGUGCCGGAAAUGAAAAAAAUGUUAACGAUGAUUUACACGUUGUAAUCGGUUAUAGAAAGCGAACGUUUUCCGCGGAAGAUUUAAUGGGUUUUAAUAAUACAGGAAAUAUUUGUAUUUGGCCCUCGGAGGAAACGUUAUGUUUUUAUGUUGGAACGAAUUUAGAAAUUUUUCGCGGGAAAUCUGUUUUAGAAUUAGGCGGUGGAAUGUCGUGUUUAGCUGGACUCUUUUGUGGAAAAUAUUCUGAUGCAAAGUCUGUAAUUCUAACUGACGGGAACAAAAUUUCUAUAGAAAACGUUGAAGCGAGUAUGUUUUGUAAUGAUUUUAAAUGUCCGGUUGAAGCUACAGUUUUAAAAUGGGGUACGAAAUUUUUACCCACUCUAAAUUCUUUAAACAAACAAAAAUUUGAUAUGAUUUUGUGUGCGGAUUGCUUAUUUUUUGACGAGGCUCGAUCGGAUUUGAUCGAAACUUUUUGCGAUUUACUCGAUGAUAACGGUAUGGGUCUUAUUAUGGCCCCACGUAGAGGGAAUACUUUAGCUAAAUUCGUCGAACAAUCGGAAGCGAAAGGUUUUCGUUGUAAUGAAGUAUUAAAGUAUAGCGAUAUCGUUUGGGAAAAACAUUUAGGUUUACUCGAAAAUAAUGAAUACGAUGAAAACAUUCAUUACCCUUUACUUAUAGAGUUGACCAAAACAAACAAGUUAUAAGUGACCUUAGUACAAUAAUUUUUUAGUGUUUAUGUGUAUAUUCGUCGAAAGAAUUCCUACAAGUAAAACAUACUCUAGUCUAAUGUGACCUAUUUUUACCUUGACUGUGAUACAAAAAAAAUUAUACCAAUUUCCUUAUUGAUAUAUAGUUAAAUAUCUCCUUUAUGCUCAUAGUAAAAAAUUAAAAAAUAUAUACAGGGUGUUCGAGAGAAAGUUGAUAAACUUUUUCUUAACUUCUUUUUAAGUUUCCGAUUUUUUUAUAUGUAUUUACCGUUUCUUGAUUUAUUUCUUGUAGCACAAGAAAAAAUCGAAUUUGUUUUGGUGUUCCAGAUCCUAUUUUCGAUGUAGAUAUACGUUUUUCUUCCUGUGUUAAAGUUCCUACUUUAAUUUAUUCAUAUUUUUCUUUAAUUUUCUUCGUAAAUUGUUGUUUUCUCGAAUAUGUGAGAUUUGUAACCAAAGUAUUUACUCUAUAUGGUGAUUUUGUUAUAUGGAAUCGCUUGUACUGAAAAAAAAUUUAAUUAUUAAAGCUAAUACUGGAGAUUAAAUCUCGAUCAAGUUUAUAUAAUCCUUAUGAAACUUUGAAUAUGUCAUAAAAAAUAAAUUUCUGUUAAUUUUCGAUAUUACUACGUGUACAGUUUAGGCCAUUUAACAGAAUCACCUGGUAUAUUUAUUAUUAACUAUUUUAUAAUCAAGUUAUUGGAAAAAUUAUUAAUGAAAGUUCAGGAUGGGUUCCAAAAUUGUUUUAAAAUGUGCUAGAAAUAUAUUCAAAUGUAAACAAAAGCAAUUUCUAAAUAGGUGAUAAAAUGAAAGAAAAUGUAGGAUAUUAAUCAAAUUGAUUUUUUGGAAAUUAUUAAAUCAAGAAAGAUUCUUUAAAGCAACAUCAAUACAUAGCAUAUUAUACAGACUGAUUUAAAUCUCUUUGUUUGCAUUUGAGCUUUGUAUUCUAAAACUUAUAUUUCGACUCAUCCUGUAAAAGAUAAAUUUUGUUUCGUAGUCAAUUGCGUCGUAGCAUAAAUCAUUAAAAAAUGAUGAUAAUCUAAGAUUCUAAGAAAAUACAUAUUUGCAUAUUAAAUAAAAAUAUCUACAAUUAUAUUAGGAAUUGUCUUAUCACACAUUUCACGUUGAUAUCUAAUAUUAUUACCAAAAUAUACAUCUGCCAAUAAAUGUAUAUUUUAUAAUCGCACGUCUGAUACUAAAAUAAAUUUAUAGAAAGAAACGUUAAAUGAUAUCUAGUUGCCGAAACGUAUGGGGCCACAUGGAAUUUCUAACAGCUCUUAUCUAGUCAAUUUACCUAUAUUUAUACACAACACAUCCGCUUGAUGAUAAAAUUAACUGUUCUUUUUUUUUGAUUACCAGUUAAAAUAUUUUCAUAGAUUAUAUACAUUAGUAUGUUUUUAGUCGAACUUUAGUCUUGUUUGAUUUUGAUUAUUAUUAUUUUUGAAUAGAGAAAAAAAUAUUUGUGUAUUAUUAGUUUCUAGUCAAUUUCAAAUCUAGUCUAUUAACUAUUUAUUAAUCUUAAAGACAUAGUUUUUAGUAAUUUUCCCUCUUUCUCUGUGUUAGAUAGUUUAGAAGAAAACUUUUAGAUUCCUCUUAUUUCCAAAGAACUGUGCCCAUUCCUGUUGUAUCGAGUGAUCAUAAAUAAUUGCAUUUACAGGUAUUAUUAUUAUCACAUAUCCUGAUAUAAUUCUUCAUUACAAUUUUUUUAAAUUUUUAAAGAAACAUAGAAAUAAGCAGUACUCCUAAAGAUUAAAAAAUUCGAUUAUAUCACUUUACAGUUCCAAAAAAAUAAUUAAAAUGAAUCACAAUAUCUUUAA